UGUCUCCAGCAGCGUCCCCUAAAGGAAUAUUCUCUGUCCUUUACAGAACACUCUAAAAGAUUCUGUCCUCUAUAUAUUCUCCGUCUCCAGCAGCGUUCUCUAAAUUCCGUCCCCUAAAGCUACAGUGUUAACAGAUUCACAUUUUCCAUUUCUUUUUCAUUUUUCUUUGUUUUCUUCUCAUUUGACACUAUAUAAAUGAUCCGAAAAAAUUGUAUUUAUUAAUUUUCAAAGCAAUAAAUUCGAAAUAUCAAUAAUAAUUACAUUGAUUGUUUUGUUGUUGUGUAAUUGUUGUCGGUAACGCGCCACAUAGUAUAAUAUCGUUGCCAAAAUAAGUUUUCAAAUGGACAAGCUUGCACCGUAAGCCAGUACUCUUCUUCGAGAAGCCAUAGCCUUGCUUCCCUUGCACGACAAGCGCACGUCUUCUAUCCGAAGCGUACUUCCUCUAUAAAUACCAAGUGAGCCUUCCAUACUUCACUCAACCUUGCCUUUACAAACUCGACAACCAUGAAUCCCUACUUAGAAAACAAUUUUCUUGUGCGCUUGAUGGAAGAAAUGGAAGAGGAAGAAGAAGAGUUGCAGUUGGCGAGGCACAUGGUCAAUAGGAGACGACGUGCACGCAAUGAGCGUCGUCAUGGUGGUUCGAUUCCAGGGCGUGUUAGGAUUCAUCGUGAUCACAUGAGCGGCGAUGCAAGAAUCCGAGCGGACUACUUUGGAGCCAACCCGGUGUACACGGAUGCUCAAUUUCGUAGGAGGUUCCGCAUGCGUCGCCAUGUCUUUGAGCGCCUUGUUGAUGUUGUGCAACAAGUGGAUCCUUAUUUUAUUCAGCGUCCAAAUUGUGCGGGUGAGAUUGGUCUUUCUGCUCUACAGAAAUUUGUUGCUGCUGUUCGAAUCCUUGCUUACGGUAUUCCAGCUGAUGCCGUUGACGAAUACGUACGUAUUGGGGAAUCUACUGCUCAUGAGGCAUUGAAACACUUUUGCACGGCCGUCCAAACCGCGUUUGCUCCGUAUUAUCUCCGUGCACCAAAUGCAGAAGAUAUUGCACGCCUUCUCCAAGUUGGCGAGUCACGUGGGUUUCCUGGUAUGCUUGGUAGUGUUGAUUGCAUGCAUUGGGAGUGGCGUAACUGCCCAAGUUCAUGGAAGGGGAUGUUUACAGGGCGUGGUAAACAUCCUACCAUGAUCUUGGAAGCUGUUGCCUCGUAUGACCUGUGGAUAUGGCAUGCAUAUUUUGGUCUGCCAGGUAGUUGCAACGACAUAAAUGUUCUUCACCGUUCAAACCUUUUUGAAAGGCAUCUGAGCGGUGACACACCUCCGGUUUCAUUCACUGUGAAUGGUCACACGUACAAUAUGGGAUAUUACCUAGCAGACGGGAUUUACCCUGACUGGCCCGCAUUUGUGAAGACAAUCCGUAACCCCUACGACGUUAGAACCCAACACUUUGCAACAAUUCAAGAGUCUGCUCGAAAAGAUAUAGAACGAGCUUUCGGUGUACUGCAGAAGAGAUGGGGUGUGGUCCGUGGACCUGCAUACGGUUGGAGUCCUGAACACAUUGGGGACAUCAUGAAAACAUGCAUAAUAUUGCACAACAUGAUAGUAGAAGACGAAGGUCCAUUGUCUUUGAACACAACCUUUGAAAACAUCGGAGUGCUGGCAGACACAACUCAAGGUUCAAUGGAAGAGCGCAACGAAUUCGUCAAUCAAAGGUACAACCAACUGAAAGACCGCAACAAAUAUACUCAGCUUCAGGUAGAUCUGAUACACCAUCACUGGGCGCGACAUGGAUCCGGAGUUGCAUAGGACACAAUGAAACAAGUUCUGUCAUGGAUGUUCUUAUCUACUGUCGAACUGUCUUUGUUUACUUUACAUUGUUGUAGUGUCUGUGUUAGUGUCAUGUCUGUUCUACUUCAUCUGUCAAGUGUGUGUACUGUGUGUCUUAGUGUCCAAGUGUCGUAGUGUCUCAUGCUGCUGUUUGAAUUCAAUAAGAAGGAGUACUACUGUCAUGCAACCACAUGUGUGUACAAAUGCUAAACAAAAACUGCACCAAGGUCACAGUUCAUGAAACCAAAUAGUUCAACACAUAUAGUAAAACAUUCAGGUACAAACCAUGACAAAUAGUUCAUAACAAUAACUUGAAAACAAAUAGUUCAAAGACGACCUAUAAAAACUGGUACAAACCAGAUUACGAUCUGACGACAGCAAGCUCACAGUAACAAGUCCGAGUACGCCUCAUUCAUAAAUGACAAACAAACAUAUUAAGUAAGGAACCUUCACUGGCCAGAUGAAGUAGACCCAGUAACCCUUGCCAGUAUCUCUUGUUGCUUGGCUUCAUAGUACUGGCGGAGUAGAGGGUUACAUUUGCUCAAAUCCAUGCUUAAGAUCAUUAUCUCCUCUUCCUUGUCCUCCUUUAGUUUCUGCCUUUCAAGCCUUAAUUUCUCUAGGUUCAACUUCUUCUUUUCAAGGAGCAAUUUCUGCCUCUCAUUUCUGUUCAUUGAAUCCAACUUCUUUUCCUCAG